GUGCGUGCGCGCUCCCGGCCCCCCCCCGCCUUCCCCUCUCUCUCUGUCCCUCUCUCUCCCUCUCUCCGCCGCGUUCGGCCGGCUGUGCCCCCCCUUUGUGCGCGCUCCGAGCCGCCCCCGCAUCGCCGACUCGCCAUGGCCGACGAGAAGCCCAAGGAAGGAGUGAAGACUGAAAACAAUGACCACAUUAAUCUGAAGGUGGCAGGGCAAGAUGGGUCUGUGGUGCAGUUUAAGAUUAAGAGGCACACACCACUUAGUAAACUAAUGAAAGCCUAUUGUGAACGACAGGGGUUGUCAAUGAGGCAAAUCAGAUUCCGGUUCGAUGGGCAGCCAAUUAAUGAAACAGACACACCUGCACAGUUGGAAAUGGAGGAUGAAGAUACAAUUGAUGUGUUCCAGCAGCAAACAGGAGGAGUUUACUAAAACAAACACACAAAAAAGAACCUGCUACUUUCCUCUCCAGAACUGUGCUCCCACAGGCGACACUUCACAAUUAGAAAAAUGAGACUUGGUUCAGCCACAUCCUGACUACUGCAGUAUAGUUUUCUCUCUUCUCUCUGAUUUUUUUUCCUAUUCCUUUUAUUGUACAUAAAGUAACUGGUGAUGUGCACAGACAUAAUGCAUAUUUUUUUUUAACUAAAUGGCCAAUGGUAUGUUUUGAUCAACAUUUAAUGGAGAUGGGGUGGGAAAACAAACUGGUUCUGUGAAAAUGCCCCUCUCUCCGUUAGUGGCAUGCUCCUUCUACUUUUACAGAAUCACAAAAUAAGCCGAGUUAUCUUUAUAUUCCAGUAAGUUAUUUUGCUCUCACUGUUCAAAAACAAAAACCUUGCAUACCUUGUUUGAUUGGAUAAUUUCAAUGUUUUUCUUUUAUCAUUGUAAAACCAAGGGCAAUUUUAUAACUUUUUUGUACGUAGCUGUUACAUGUAGAGCAAUCUCUGUUUAAGUAGGGGUAAAUUACUCUUUAAAAAAAAAGGAAAAAAAAAUCCUAGAUAGUUUUCCCUUCAAGUUAAGCGUCUUGUUGUUUAAAUAAACUUCUUGUUUAAAAUAACCAGUUUUCUUUCUUUUUCUGUGGAGUAAUAGUACUCAGCACCUAUAUUCUUUCUCUGCAGCACUUUAUGCUUCCUAAAUCUCACCUUUCUCUGUGGUAAGUAAGCAUAAUCCCCCUUGUCUAGGCAGAAAUCUGUUGAAAAAGGAGAGGCUUCCUUGAGACCUGUUAGUCAGCAACUGAACUGGAAAUGGAAGUCAGUUUUCUCUUAYUUCUUUUUUUGAUUCCUUUUGAUUUCUUUUUUGUUUUUGUGAAUGUUCUGCUAAGCCAAAAAUGUUUGAUUAGGCAAACUGCAAAAUGCUGAACUACUUAGUAAUGCCUUUGGGUUGAGCUCUUUUUGUCAGUCUUUAAUAGAAGCAUCAAUAUUGUUGUUGCAGAAGUUUAUUUAAGACUCUGUAUUUGAAUGCUUAUUGAUGUAAACAUUAAGUUAAAGAGAGCAAAUAAUUUCAUUAACCAUUCAGUUUACCAUGGUAUCUAAUGGGAGAUGCUUGGAAAUGUAAAGCAAAAAUAAAAAAUUGAGUUCUGUUUUUGGGUGUAUUUAGCUAUGGUGGUGGAGAUUCCAAGCUCGGCUUUACCCCACUCUGCUGUUCUGCUUGGAAGAGGCUGGAAGUAUUGAAGGGAGAUAUAGUGAUGGUGGUGUUUUUUACAUGUCUUUUCCACAGUUCUUGGGGAACUUCCUGGGGGAAGUUUAGAGAUUGCAGUGAAAUCCGUGGACACUCAUGGAAGAUUAUAUACUUGUCAAACCCACAGCCCCAGAGCAUUCUCUGAUGUCCUAGGAAUGUSCCAAUAUUUUGUGUUGUUUGCAGUAAAUGAAUGUUCUUUUAGUAUUAAUUUGUUAGAAGAGGCCACUCUUUGGUGGCAGUUCUUGUAACAGUUAAUUCAAGGAGUAASUACUACAUGUGGGGCCUGUGCCUGCUUCACCUGAAAGUUUUGUGGCAGUAUGAUGGGUGUGUGCAUUUUACAGCUGAGUUGUGAUCUAUUUGUCUUCUGUCAGGAGUAACACAUUUGAUGCUGCACAUCUAAUGGAGAUGCAGGGGAAAUUAACAUCUGUUUUUAAGUUGCUUUUGAAUCUGUAACUGAAGAAUGUAAUCUAAUGUGUGCCUCUGUUUUAAUUCAAGAAAAUGCUACUGCUAAGCAGAUUAUUUCUCAUUCUGGGAUGUAUCUUGUAGACUUCUGUGGUGUUUUGCAGGAUUGAAAUUCUCUCUUGUGAACAAAUGUUUACAUAUCCAAACUCUUAAAAGGCCUAGAAAAAACUGCCUUGAAGGAAAAAAAGAGUGUGGUGGAAGAAUAUAUUUCAACACCUUUCCWAGGUUACACACGGAAUACGUAUUGCUCUUUGGCUUUAGAAUCUCUGGCUUUUAAGAUGGCUAAUCUUCUGAUAUCAGUGUAUAAAAUUCUUUCAACUUGAUGUCAUGCCAAGACUUUUCCCAGGAGAAAGCUGUCUUUAUCUUGUUUGGCCAAAAAAGAUGUUUGGACUUGCUUUAGUUUCUGAAGAAAGGGUGAGGUCUCCUUAAAUACUUUUUUUUUCAGCUCAACUUAAGACUGUGAAGCUCAAAGCUCCCUGUUGUAUCUUGCCUUGUACUUUUUUAUUUCCUGAGGCAACAGAAGUCAARUGACAGGUACUGAAGAGCUUUUAAAAACAAUGUCUUCAUUUCCUGAAUUAGUGGAGUGUUACUUCAUCUGUCGUAUGYUUGUGUGCAGCAUUCACCUACAUUGCUCUAUUUCUCACAUCUUUUUGCUGUUUGCUGGGCUUUCUCUUAUUCCUGAAAUGAUUCCUUCAACAAUGCUGAAUGGUGUUAGGUUAGGUGGUGACUGCAGCCAAAAACUUAAAUUUUUUUUUCGAAGUAGUUUAUUUUUCUUUCUUAAAUCAAGAAAGCAUCUCAAAGAACUUCAGUGACUUGGUUUCUCAGGAACCUCAAAUGUUGAAUUAGUGUAGCAAACUGAAGUGGUCUGAUUAUGGUUCUGAUAUAUAACACAUUUGUGUAACAGUAAUGCGGAAACGCGGAUCUUUUUUUUAAAAAAAAAGCUUUUUUUUAAGAACUCUUCUUGCAUGGUCUUGCAAAUAGUCUCCUUAUGUCAGUACUUGUUUUUGUCUGUACUCCUGGGAUAUAAAUUCCCUUGUGGAUUCCUGAUUGCUGGAACCUCAGUGGUUUUACUGUGACUACAGUUAGCUGAAGGAGCUACUGCUAGGGAUGAUUAUUUGGAAGUGGUAUGGAGUACAGGGAUAUGGACAAUUCGGAUCAAAAUAUUUUGAGUUCACUGUUUUGUGACAGUUUCCAUGUUUACACUGGACUUCUGGAAGUCCRUGUUUCAGAGAAUAAAGGAAAACUGGGCAAAGAGGUCUCCCAGGCUAGUUGGGAGGUAAGUUCUUCAUGUUUUAUUAAACAGCUGGGAUAUUUGAAGAGCCUGGGAAAAUUGUAUUAUUACCCACAAUUUUCAAAUAAUGUGUUCUAAAGUGAUUGSCAUUCAAUUUAGUUAAUAUUUCUCCCAUGGUUUUUAAAUGAAAAAGGAUGGAGUAAGUCAUAAUUGGAUACAGUCCCUGGGUGAGUUCUGGUGGAUGKUUGGACCCUGCCUUCAGCCUGUGCUGGGGUUUUAGUCCCUCAAAUGUGUAAUGGACAUGACCAGUUAUUUAAAAAAAGGUAACCAAAAUUGUGUCAGGUACCUUAAGUAAGGYAUUUUUAUUCAUGUGAGGGGAGAUAAUGACAGAUUGAAAUCACAGCAGCUUUAGGUGGUCAACASCUGAAAAUCAGUGUUUUAUUGUAUCUGCACAGUGGGGAUCACAGCUGCUCCAGGUGGGAGUCAGUAUCAACUGGGCUGAGGUGCUGGUUCAGAAGGGUUCAGGAGUGCAAGGCUGCUCUGAUGCAGAUUCUUCCAAGCUGCCAGGACUGUAAGGAAAUACUCAAGUGGUAACAUGAGAGAGAUKCCUUUACUAGUGUAUGGAGGUGUUCUUAACAAAAGAAAAAUCCCUGAAGUAACACUCAGAUAAUUGCUGCUUCAAGAUAACUGCAAUAUCAGAACAGAGACAGCAUCUCUGCAAGGGUUAAGGUCAAAGUGAGAUGAUUUUUCAGCAGGAAUUUUCCUUUCUAGUACCUUCACUUCAUUACUUCCGAGUCAGUGUAACGUAAGUGCUGUCGUUUGCCUGGUGGAUGCUGGUUCUAUUGUGUCUCUUACUGCAACAUUAAUGAAAAGGCAUAAUGUGACUGACUCAAAGAGAGGAGACUUCCUAGGCUUCAGCCAGCUGGAAAUAACUGAAUUUCUAAGGAAUAACAWUUUUUUUCAAAGCUAAAAGUGAAAAGAUGCCUCCUUGGUCAUUGURGAAAUGGGGAACAAAGACACGCGGACCUCCUUCUUGCUUGCUCCAAAGAAAAUCGUUUAUUGCCAAAAACCAAGCUUUUUUAUGCUCCAAACCUAAGCAAGACAAGAAUGCCUUUGGCUGCCUGCCAMUGUGGCAUCACCAUCCAUGCSUCCCUCUACCCAUCCACCUCGACCAUGCAGGGUCUGCACGUCUCUCCAACCAAUCACUGCCCCAYGCAUGAGGUGACCACAUGCUAAUUCYACAAUUUAUUCUCUGGUUCUAUGACUUUAGCUGAACCGUUCCCAGAGUGCUUUCUGAUGAGCAAGAGYGAACAGAAGCUGCUCCCUGCCUUUUCAGCAACAUCAUUCCAUUAAUUGCUGGGAGGUGAGGCAAGGAAAGGCUCUGGGUGCUGGGGCUGCCUGCCCCACUCCAGUGCCAGCCUCUGCUCCUACAGCGCUCCUGCAGCAGGGUGGCACUCGCCAGAUACCCCCGGGCCCUGGUCAGGCAUCCUUUAGCUAAAAAUAAAUACUUUUUUUUAUUCUUUUCA